CGAUAGGCAGCGAUCUCUUUGCGGUGCUGGGCCCGGCUCUGGCCUUCUUCUGCCCUCCCCUCCCUCCCGGGCGGGCUCAGCUCCGCCGGCAGUGUCGGGUUACAGGAGCCACUGCUGUGUUCUGUGCGCUUGGGGGUGGGGUGGAGGGGUGGGCAGAGGAGCAGGCACUAGGGCUGGGCACACACUCGGCAAGGCAGUGGUGGACGGUGUGGAUACACAGUCUGCUAAACCAUGGCUGAUGACUUCGGCUUAUUCUCCUCCAGCAGUGGGGCCCCGGGGCCAGCGGAGGAGGACCCAGCAGCUGCCUUCCUGGCCCAGCAGGAGAGCGAGAUCGCAGGCAUUGAAAACGAUGAUGAGGGUUUUGGCGGCGCUGAGGGAGCCCUGCAGCAGCCGGCAGCUGAAAAUGGAACUGGUAUUGAAGACACAGGGACAACAGUCAAUGGAGACAUGUUCCAGGAAGCCAAUGGUCCUUCAGACAGCUAUGCUGCUGUAGCCCAGGCAGACAGGCUAAGUCAGGAACCAGAGAGCAUCAGAAAAUGGAGAGAGGAGCAGAAGAAACGGCUGCAAGAGCUGGAUGCAGCUUCUAAGGUGACUGAGCAAGAGUGGCGGGAGAAGGCAAAGAGGGACCUGGAAGAAUGGAAUGUGCGACAGAAUGAGCAGGUGGAGAAAAACAAAAUCAGCAACAGAGCAUCAGAAGAGGCCUUCCUGAAGGAGUCUAAGGAAGAGGCACCUGGCACAGAGUGGGAGAAGGUGGCCCAGCUGUGUGACUUCAACCCCAAGAGCAGCAGGCAGUGCAAGGAUGUAUCCCGCAUGCGUUCUAUGCUCAUCUCCCUGAAACAAACCCCACUGUCCCGCUAGGCACCCAUCAAGGGUUACCAAAGAGCAGAGGGUGAGAAGGCUGAGGCAGAGGCCUAAGAAGAAGAGAGGAGGGAAGGAAAAGCAGCUUUGUUUGCUCUGAAAGUCACUCCUCCAAUAGCCACAGCACAAAAUGUUUAGUCAGUUCCCCCUCACCUUUUGGGGCAAAGGGAGCCCCCUCCCUGGCCUCUUCCUUCCUUCUCAAACUCACCCCCUUAAGUGUCACAUCUACCAUUGGUUUGCCACGUCAUGACCAUCGAGUCCCACAGGUCUUUUAUUUUUCUUGGCUUAAAGGUUGUGUUGUUAACUCUU